AUGGGCUCGGCGAGCCGGGCGCUGUCCGUGGUGCCGACUGUGCUUCUAGCCCUCGCGCUGCCCGUCUGGGCGCAGAACGACACGGAGCCCAUCGUGCUGGAGGGCAAAUGCCUGGUGGUGUGCGACUCGAACCCUGCCACAGACGCGAAGGGCUCCUCUUCCUCCCCGCUGGGCAUCUCGGUGCGGGCGGCCAACUCCAAGGUCGCCUUCUCGGCGGUGCGGAGCACCAACCACGAGCCCUCGGAGAUGAGCAACAAGACGCGCAUCAUUUACUUCGAUCAGAUCCUAGUAAAUGUGGGUAAUUUUUUCACCUUGGAGUCUGUCUUUGUGGCGCCAAGAAAAGGAAUUUACAGUUUCAGUUUUCAUGUAAUUAAAGUCUACCAGAGCCAAACAAUCCAGGUUAACCUGAUGUUAAAUGGAAAACCAGUAAUAUCUGCCUUUGCUGGGGACAAAGAUGUUACUCGUGAAGCUGCCACUAAUGGAGUCUUGCUCUACCUGGAUAAGGAGGAUAAGGUUUACCUAAAACUGGAGAAAGGUAACCUGGUUGGAGGCUGGCAGUAUUCCACGUUCUCUGGCUUCCUGGUGUUCCCCCUAUAG